UUAACGCGUCUGUUUUACGCAGUCCAAACGCGUCUCUAUCUAUGUAUAGGUAGGUACACACCGUCUAUUGGGAUUACAUCGAUUCAUUGGUUAUUGAAGCUUUUUCUCUGUUGCCGCCUCAACAAAGGAUCGGAAAAACUUUGGUGGCCUGUAUCGCUGAUCUGAAGAGCUUUCGCUUUGUCGGUAUUUGAAAAUUAGAUCGUAGUAUCAAACUCUCUUGUGGAAAACUUGGCGGGGGCGGUAAUUGAAGAUUAGAUCGUAGUGUCCUACUCUAUUGGAAGGAAACUUGAUGGCGGAAAUUCAAGAUUAGCACUGCCUAUAAUUUAAGACUGGCGUUUUACACAUCGGAAUAUCGUCAAAAUCGUCGAUUCUGAAGAAAGCGAACCACAAUUUUUCGCUCCGAGUUUUUUGAUAUCACAGAUUCUUUAAAUUCACUUCGCAAUUCGAUUAUAUUUUCAUAAUAUAUAUUAAUCCUCGUUUAUGCGAGUUAAAUAUAAUAAAUCUCGUAAUAUUCAAAUUCAAUGCCUAUAUAUUUUAAAUUUUUCAGUGCCAAAGAAUAUGAUUUCAUCCCGGUGGAUGGCUCUGUUAUUUCUGUUGAUGCUCUGAAACGGAAAUUUUUUGAAUCCAAGUAUAAACAAAAGUCUAAAGGCUCGUGUUUGGGAACUGAUUUGGACCUUGUGGUCGUUAAUGCCCAGACCAAUGAUUGUUACGUUGAUGAUAUGUUGAUCCCUAACAAUACUAGGGUUUUGAUUCGCCGUGUUCCCGGAACGCGGUUUCGCAAGCCCAUUAGCACUGCAACUAUUGUCGUUAUUGGAACGCAACAGCCACUUAGUUCUCAUUUUACUGGUUCUAGUUCUUCCAGGACUGGCUCUGAAGCUGCUGUUACUGCUGCAUGUAGAAGUGACGCAGUAAAUGCUAGUGUUAGUUCUGUUCAUGGAAGUACUGUUACUAGUUUGUCCUCAACAAAAUAUAGUGAAGAUAUUACAUUUGAAGAUGACGAUGGGUUUGGAGAUGAUGAUGUGCUUGUGAUUCCAAGAAUGCAGCCAGUUCAGUCUAGCAAAUCAACUGUAGAUGAAGAAUUUGAUGAGGACAGCAAGAUUAAGGCUUUAGUCAAUACUCCAGCCUUGGACUGGCAGCCUAAAGGGUCUAAUGGUGUGGGUUUUGGGAGCCGAGGUGUGAUUGGCGGAUUGAGGAAGAAAAUACCUCCGCAGGGUUACAUAUGUCACAGGUGUAAGGUACCAGGUCACUUUAUUCAGCAUUGCCCAACAAAUGGAGAUCCAAAGUACGAUUUCAAAAGAGUGAAGCCUCCUACUGGUAUUCCUAAGUCGAUGCUGAUGCCAAACCCAGAUGGCUCUUAUAAGUUGUCAAGUGGUGCAACUGCUGUUUUGCAGCCAAAUAAUGAUGCUUUUGAGAAGGAAAUUUUGGGCUGCUUUCCAUCAAAGAUAUCUGUUGAUAACCUUCCACCAGAACUUCUCUGUCCCUUGUGCAAGCAAGUAAUGAGAGAUGCUGUCUUGACUAGCAAAUGCUGUUUCAAGAGCUUUUGUGAUACAUGUAUUAGGGUCCAUCUAAUCACCUCUAAGUUGACAUGUGCUUGUGGAGCGACAAAUGUCCUUACUGAUUAUCUGAUUCCUAACAUGACGCUUAGGGAUACAAUUAAUUGCUUCGUGCAAUCUGGUUCUAGUUAUAGCAGCACUGUUGAAAAUGCCAAAAGCAACUCCUUUCCAGUUAAGGAUAUGGAAUCUUCUCACUGCUCACAGGCUCAGAUCUCUACAACAAAACUAUCUGCAGAAUCGUUUGAGGAAGAGCAGAAGCCCUCUCCUAGUAAUGUAGAAGAUAAGGCAAAUGAAAGGAAACCUCUUGACGCUCCACGCCAGAUGGCUAAGAAAGCUAGAACUGAAGGGGCAGCUGAUGUAUCUGAAGCAACUAUUGGGUCAAUAAGAACGAAAGAUACAGCAUCACAGGGAAGUAUUCUGGUGGUUGGGGAAGAAGUGCAGCAAAAGGAUGUCUCUGUUGAGGGAGAGAAGAAAAGGAAAGAGAGGAAAGUGAUCAAGUAUGAAGUUCAGCAAAAGGAGGGUUCUGGUGAGAGAAGAAAGAAAAAGAGAGGAAGAAAUUCCCAAGAUGUUGAGGCAGAGAGCUAUAUGAUGCCUGUUGGUUCUUAUGCAUAUAAUCCACACUGGAUAGGCAUGCAGGCAGGUUUGCAAGGAUAUAUGGCACCUUAUUAUGCUGCUGGUGCGAUGAGCUACGGGUGGAGCCCCUUUGGAACAACAUUCAAUGGUGCAUAAAUCAGGACAUUUUCAGUAUGCAGUGAACGGGUGCCAGGAGAUGAAGCUGUUGUUGCAAAGCUCGGAUGCUUCUUUCAGGGCUAGUUUAACCCAACACUGUUAGUUUCUUUCAGGGCUACAUGUUUAGUAGGAGAAUAUGGGUCAUAUAGUCAGUCUUGUAAUUGCUCUUUGAUAUUUUAAUAAAAUUCCAAUAUUUUUUUC